CCAGUGUGUGCGAGAGAGCCAGGCCCAGAGGAGUGGCUCCGCUGCUCUGCCUGUGGUAGGAUUUCUGUCCUGCAGGGGGACGACAGGACUUUUGCUGGCGAGUCCAGACUGCUGCUGUGCUGGGACAAGCACGGUUCAGAGCCAGGGACGUUGGCCCAGAGAUGAGGCUGCUGUGGACUCUCCCGACCCUCUGGCUGUUGGCAGCAGAGGAUCUCUCUGCCCACAGGGCCCGGACCCGCAGGGAGCUGGCACCGGGCUUGCAUGAGCGGGGGAUCCGUGACGCCGGCGGCUCGUACUGUGAGAGGAAUGAUGCCUGCUGCGCCGGCAGGGACGAUGCCUGCACCGUGCCCUACCUGGAUACCAUCUGCUACUGCGACCUCUUCUGCAACCGCACCGUCUCUGACUGCUGCCCUGACUUCUGGGAGUACUGCCUGGGCAUCCCACCCCCUGUGGUUGUGCUCAAAGGUUGUGAUCGUAGUGGACAGAAAUACCCAACUGGAGCCACCUACAGAGAAAACUGCAACCUCUGCACCUGCAGCGGGAACGGGAAGUGGGACUGCGAGCAGCACGCCUGCCUCAUCGAUGGCGAGAUGAUUGAUGCCAUCAACAGAGGGAAUUAUGGCUGGAGAGCUGCCAACUACAGCCAUUUCUGGGGGAUGACGCUGGACGAAGGGAUCCGCUACCGGCUGGGGACCAUCAAACCACCCCCCCUGGUCAUGCACAUGAAUGAGCUGCAGAUGAGCAUGGACACCAACGAGCAGCUCCCCAGCCAUUUCAACGCAGCUGACAAGUGGCCCGGGUUGGUCCUCGAGCCCCUGGACCAGGGCAAUUGCGCCGGCUCCUGGGCUUUCUCCACGGCAGCGGUGGCAUCGGACAGGAUCUCCAUCCAUUCCAUGGGGCACAUGACGCCUGCCCUGUCCCCCCAGAACCUGAUCUCGUGCGACACCCGGAACCAGCAGGGCUGCAGCGGGGGCCGGAUCGACCGGGCCUGGUGGUAUCUGCGCAGGAGAGGGGUCGUGACUGACAGCUGCUACCCCUUCACCAGCCGGGAGAAGGACAGCUCCCCCGCAGGCCGGCCCUGCAUGAUGCAAAGUCGUUCCACGGGCAGAGGGAAGAGACAAGCCACCCAGCGGUGCCCUAACCCCCAGACCCACUCCAACGAGAUCUACCAGUCGACCCCCGCCUACCGCCUCUCCUCCAGCGAGAAGGAGAUCAUGAAGGAGCUGAUGGAGAAUGGGCCCGUGCAAGCCAUCAUGGAGGUUCACGAGGAUUUCUUUGUGUACAAGAGUGGAGUGUAUCGGCACACGCCGGUGAUGGCUGGGAAGCCGGAGCACCACCGGAGACACGGCACCCACUCAGUGAAAAUCACAGGAUGGGGAGAAGUGAGGACGCCCCAGGGGCAGACUCAGAAGUACUGGGUGGCUGCGAACUCCUGGGGCAAGCACUGGGGAGAGGGCGGCUACUUCCGCAUCGCACGGGGUGCCAACGAGUGCGAGAUCGAGACCUUCGUGGUGGGCGUCUGGGGCCGCGUCAGCAUGGAGGACAUGAGGCGCCGGAAGUGAGCCAGCCGGGUGGCCCUGUGUGGCACGGGGAGGCCGUUCCUCCCACAGCCCCGACGUGCUCCGUGUGUGAUCUGGACCCAGCCACAGGCAGCUGCAGCAGACUCUGGCUCCGUCGCUACCCCCAAGGGACCCCGAAGGAUCCCCAGCUGGCUGCCAGCCUCUCCCAGGACUACGUAGGGCUCUGGGAGGCCUGGCACCCCGGGGACCUGGGUGGAUCCCUGAGGACUCAUGGAGCUGCCACCAAGGAAUGUCUUCCUAACAUGGGCCACACCCUCUCCUGGUAACGGACCCUCGGCCCUGAGCAGUCCCUAGCAGGAGACAUGCUGGGACCCUCUGGGGUGCUCCUUAGUGAGGACUGGGGGCUGUUUAUGCUACUCAGACGGGGUUUGGGGCUGUGGGGCUGGGGUGCCUUGGGCCCCGCCAUGUGGAAAUCAGAUCGGUCUGUUGCCCCACCCUUUUGGGAAUGCUGCCGCCACCCUUGGGACCCCUGUUGCCCCAGCCCCGUCACCCAUCGCUGGGCUUUUCCCCAGAGAUCCAGAGGGGGCCCUAGGGCUUCCUGGACCCCCAGCUCUCCAGAGACCAACCUGUAGUUAACCCUUUCAUCUCCCCGGGGGCAGAAUGCCAGGAGUGCCAGUAAGCCACGCCCUUGUCACCGCAGUGGCAGGGGGUUUGCCCCUUCUCUCCAUGCCACUGGGCGAGGAGAUGGCACAGCCUUUCCUGAGAGCCUCCCGUGUUAUCAAGGAGCCCGGUUUCCAGGGGUUACCACCAGCCAUGCUGCCUGGAUGGAGCUGGGCUGGGGCAGGGGAGUAACUGACAUGCUGCCAUUCUUCACCGUGGUCAUCCCUAGCUUUCUCUUCAUCCUAGAGGUCCCCACUCCACACCCCUGGAAGCCCACUCUGGUCUCCCACCCAGUCUCACUCCAGUCCCCACGGGAUCUCCAACCACCCUCCCAAUUUCCCACACGCCCUGUCCCCCGCAGCCUUUCCGCAGUCCUCUGCUCUGCUUCUCAGCGUCUCACCUCCAAACAACCCCUGUCUCGCGUGGAGCCCCGUUGGGACCCGGCAAGGCUGGCUUUCUGCUGACACUGAGGCCACGGUGCACUGGCCCGUAUCUUAUAUGUACUCAGCUCUUGAAAGUGCGUCCCCAGCCCCCUGGCUUUUAACCACGGCCUCAUGCUUUGUACCGGCCGGCAGGGUCUUAGUGCCUAAUCCCGGCCUGGCUAAACAGGCUAUUGUUGGGAGCCUGAGGUCGCUCGGGUGUUUGCACUUGAUGCCCUUGCUGGCGCUGUCAGCGGCGCGGCCCGAGUCGUGACAGUAAGCUGCAGCCUUUCAUGUCAAAGAGGCAGAGGAUUGUUAAAACAGCCCAGUGCUUCCGCCUGACCGGAGCGGCGGGACGGGGAGGGGGCUUAGACUGCCUGCUCCAGCAGAGAAGCCAGGCACCGCUCCAAGAGUGGGAACCUGGGGGGCCAGAGAGAUCAAAGCAAAGGCUGAGAUGGAGAGCUGUGCUGGGGUGGGCGGGGGCAGGAUGGAGGGGGGACGCAGAGCCCUCCUGCACUGGUCUCUGGGGCAGGCCUGGGAGGAGAGGUGGCUGGGUGGGAUUCUGGUUCCUCCCUGGGGUGGACACUCUACUAGCAAAGUAACCAGUUAGGAAACCUUCCCCCACUCCCUGCUGGAAGCUUCUGCUGCCAUACAUCCCACCCGGCUGCUGCUCCAGUUCCCCGCGGGCUGCUCUCUGGCCCAGCUGGGCAGCCCUGGAAUUGCUGUUUGGCUCCAAAGGGCUCUGAGCAUGUAGAGGUGAGACUCCGUGAACAGGCAGCUCUCUGCACUGAUGCAGGGCAGCAGGUGCCUAUCAGCAUCAGGGGUGUUUGGAUCCAGGGCCCCCUGGCUUGACCCAGGGCAGAAACCCAGUGUCUGACACGCGGCAUUUCUGUGGCAAACUCUCUCCCAGGUCCUGGUGCGGGUUUCCUCUCCCCUCCGUGAUGCUCCCCAGGCUGGAUGGCUUGUCCUGCCUAGGCCUCCUUACUCACUGGGAUUUAUUUUUCCCUCUCCACCCAGCUGCAGCCCCUUUUCAGCAAAUCCCCAUUGUCCAGCUCAGAGCUUAGCUGCAAAAAACAUUAAAAACUGUGAAGUCCUCCUCCCCUCUCUGUGCCCAUCCCUCCAGCUUCCUGGCUGCACUGGGAUCUGUUUCUCCUUGUUCAAGAAGCGGCGUUAAACUUAAGGGCAGAGCCAGCUCAUCUCUCAAAAGCCUUGAGCCUUUAAAGAGCGCCGUGUGAGAGCACGUGCAACACCCCCUCCCCGUGUGCAGACGUGUGUUUGCACAGCCAAUUGUGCCUUUGUGUUGUGCACAAGUGGGUGUUGCUCACUAGGGGAUGGAAUUUGCCCUUGUGCAGACUUGGUAGCUUACAGCCUCUAGUCACUUGAGCCUGCCCUCCACCCUUGCGCUGGCCUGGAGUGAAUUUCACACAAGGGGCAUUUGUGCUUUUACCGCCUGUGUGUUAGUUAGGGAUCCAGCUAACACAGGGCCCCAAAGGAAUGGUGUUCUUCCACCGGCCGUGCAGCUGGCUUCAGGCCAGGAGUCUCUUCCAGGGGCAGCUCUGCACUGCGCCCAGCUGGGAGAUGUCUCAGCGUAAAGCCAUACGACUCAGGCGCGUAAUCUAAACUUCUCCCCAGCCUGUCACUUUCCAGGACAGGCAAGGAAUCUGCCUUUUCCCUAUGGUGCUAAAGGGCCCAGCACAGGAAAAUGUCCAUUACCAAGGGCCUUGAUUUGGGGAAUUUAUCCUUCUAUUGAUGUCAGUGGCAAAGCACCAUCCCGCCACACACACACACCCCCCCUUUGACUUCAGUGGGAGCUGGAUCAGGGCCACUGGUAGAUAAUGUUACACAUUGCAAUAUUUGCUGCUGUACUCACAGCUUCGGCCGGGAGCAGGGGAGGGAGGCACUCUGUGUGUCUCUCGCUCCUGAUCCAAAAGGUAAUUGCUCUCAGACCAACGUCCCCGUCCACACGUCAGAGAGGAGAGCUGGUGUCCGAGAUGUGGCAGACUGUGCAUUGGCCAGGCUGUGAGUUUGUAUCUAAAGACAAAACAAGCCUUCAAACUACCUGCCUAGCUAGCGGUCGGGCUGUCCGGAGGGGUUAUAUUUUAAGAAUCUUUUGUAUUUAUUGUGCUUUUUAUUAUUUGUACAUAAAUUUAUUGAAGCCUC